ACCCGGAUUACAAACAGUGAGAACCAUAUAAAAAAACAAAAUACUAGUCUCUCUCUCCCUCUCUCUCGCCUCUCUCGAUCAUUUCUCCCCCAAUUCUACACAAACCAAACCCCUCUUUCAUCCCGUACCUAUACCCCGCAUCUGUAUCCCCAUGGCUAUUCCUCCGCACCACUUCCAAGCUCAACAACAACAAUCCAACACUUUCAGAGACGUGUACAACAUCAACGGACAGAUUUCGCCGCCGGUCACCUUCUUCAACGGCCAGGAUCACUCUCAUCACCCCCCUUACAUCCCUCCCUUUCAUGUAAUAGGGUUAGCACCCGGGCCGGUACCAACGCCAGAUGUGAGCAAUGAUUUGCAGUGGAAUUACGGGUUCGAGCCCGAGAAAAAGAGGCCUAAAGAGCAGGAUUUCUUGGAGAAUAAUAAUUCACAGAUUUCUUCGAUUGAUUUCUUGCAACCUCGAUCGGUGUCUACUGGGCUGGGUUUGUCUCUCGAUAAUGGACGGGUGAACUCGUCGGGGGAUUCCCCGUUGUUGGCGCUUAUCGGUGAUGAUGUGGAGCUUCAGUUGCAGAGAUAUGAUGCUGAGAUGGAUAAAUAUAUUAAGCUACAAGGUGACCGACUAAGGCAUUCGGUGCUAGAGAAGGUGCAUGCGAACCAACUCCAGGCAAUCUCAUACAUUGAAGAGAAGUUUCUUCAAAAAUUUCGUGAGAAAGAUGCAGAGGUAGAGAACAUUAACAAGAAGAAUGCUGAGCUUGAAUCGCACAUUGAACAGUUGGCCAUGGAGGCCAAUGCUUGGCAGCAAAGGGCCAAGUACAAUGAAAGCAUGAUCAAUACCCUUAGCUUUAACCUUCAACAAGUCUAUGCAAAAAGUAGAGACAGCAAAGAAGGUUGUGGUGACAGUGAGGUUGACGACACAGCGUCUUGCUGUAAUGGUCGUCCUGCACUUAACUUCCAUCUACUUGGCAAGGAUACCAAUGAAAUGAAGGCGUUAAUGACAUGUAAAGUGUGUAGAGUUAAUGAAGUGAGUAUGCUUUUGCUACCUUGCAAGCAUCUGUGUGUCUGUAAAGAAUGUGAAAGUAGGCUUAGUCAUUGUCCCUUGUGCCAGUCUUCCAAGUACAUUGGCAUGGAAAUAUAUAUGUAAUGAUACAGGAUUAUCUGUUUGUGAAUUGUUGUGAUUUCUUAUAAUUAAUCUAAUUGUUGUGAAUUCUUAUAA